AUGUGGAGGCUGAAAGUUUCAGAAGGAGGAAGCGAUGGUAGUGAUCGACGGCUCACAAGUGUGAAUAAUCACAUCGGAAGACAGUACUGGGAGUUCUACCGGAAUCUCGGAACACCGGAAGAGAGAGCUCAGGUGGAAGAAGCUCGGCUUGAGUUUCGUAACAAUCGUUUUCGAUCCAAACAUAGUUCCGAUCUGUUAAUGAGACUUCAGUUUGCGAAGGAGAAAGAAAGUGAUCGAAUGGAGCUACCAGCUCAGGUGAAAGUGAAAAGUGAAGACGAAAUUACUGAGGAAGUAGUAACAACCACGUUGAGGAGGGGGUUGAAAUUUUACUCGACUCUUCAGACUGAGGAUGGUUUCUGGCCGGGUGAUUACGGCGGUCCUUUGUUUCUUCUACCUGGCUUGGUUAUUGGAUUAGCAGUAACAGGCGCUCUUGAUGCAAUCUUGUCACACCAGCAUCACAAGGAGAUCUGCCGCUAUAUUUACAACCAUCAGAACAAAGAUGGAGGUUGGGGACUGCAUAUAGAAGGGCCAAGCACAAUGUUUUGUACAGCUCUAUCCUAUGUGAGUCUGAGACUGCUCGGAGAGGAGAUGGACGGCGGCGACGAUGGCGCCAUGGAGAAGGCAAGAAAAUGGAUUCUUCACCGUGGAGGAGUUACCAGCAUCCCAUCUUGGGGAAAGAUGUGGCUUUCAGUACUUGGUGUAUAUGAAUGGGAUGGUAACAAUCCACUGCCUCCUGAAUUGUGGCUUUUACCUGAUUUUCUUCCAGUACACCCAGGUCGAAUGUGGUGUCACUGUCGGAUGGUAUACCUGCCUAUGUCAUAUUUAUACGGCAAGAGAUUUGUUGGUCCUAUCAAUGGCCUUAUUUUAUCCCUCAGAAGAGAGCUUUAUACCUUUCCCUAUCACCUCACUGAUUGGGAUCAGGCAAGAAAUCUAUGUGCCAAGGAGGAUUUGUAUUACCCACAUCCCAUUUUACAGGACGUACUGUGGGGGUCUCUUCAUAAGGUUGGGGAACCUCUUCUCAUGAGAUGGCCAUUUUCUAAGCUCAGGCAGAAAGCUCUCACCACUGUAAUGGAACACAUUCACUAUGAGGAUGAAAACACUCAGUAUAUCUGUAUUGGACCUGUCAAUAAGGUACUAAACAUGAUCUGUUGUUGGGUGGAGGAUCCGAAUUCAGAAGCAUACAAGUGUCAUCUUUUGAGAAUAAAAGAUUAUCUAUGGGUUGCAGAAGAUGGAAUGAAAAUGCAGGGAUAUAACGGAUCUCAACUCUGGGAUGUUGCUUUGGCUGUUCAAGCGAUCCUUUCUACCAACCUUGUGAAUGAAUAUGGUUCCGUGCUUAAGAAGGCAAACGGUUUCAUCAAAAACACACAAGUCAGGAGAGACAGCUAUGGCGAUCUUAGUUACUGGUACCGUCACAUUUCUAAGGGAGGAUGGCCCUUUUCUACUCCAGACAAUGGCUGGCCUGUCUCAGAUUGUACAGCUGAAGGUUUGAAGGCAGCACUCUCAUUAUCACGUAUGCCCCGGGAAAUUGUGGGAGAAGCAAUAGCAGCUGAUCAACUGCAUGAUGCUGUUAAUGUGGUAUUAUCCCUACAGAACAGCAAUGGAGGGUUUGCAUCAUAUGAGCUCACAAGAUCCUAUCCCUGGUUGGAGAUGAUCAAUCCAGCUGAAACAUUUGGAGAUAUCAUUAUUGAUUAUCAGUACGUGGAAUGCACAUCAGCAGCAAUCAAAGGCCUUAAAGCAUUCAUGAAUUUAUAUCCAUGGCAUCGGAAGAAAGAAAUAGAAGCGUGCAUUGGAAAGGCAGUUCAGUUCAUCGAGAGCAUACAACUUCCUGAUGGCUCAUGGUAUGGGUCUUGGGGAGUUUGCUACACCUAUGGAACAUGGUUUGGAAUAAAGGGUUUAGUGGCUAGUGGCAAGACCUACCAGACAAGUAAUAGCAUUAGAAGAGCAUGUCAUUUCUUGCUAUCCAAGCAACUCGAUUCAGGUGGCUGGGGAGAGAGCUUCCUUUCAUGCCAAAACAAGGUAUACACAAAUCUAGAAGGAAACAAACCACAUAUAGUAAACACUGGAUGGGCUAUGUUGGCUCUAAUUGAAGCAGGGCAGGGCGAAAGGGAUCCGAUCCCCUUGCAUCGAGCAGCAAAGGUAUUGAUCAAUUCACAAAUGAAGAACGGAGAUUUCCCACAACAGCAAAUCAUGGGAGUCUUCAACAGAAAUUGCAUGAUUAGUUACUCCGCUUACAGAAAUAUCUUCCCAAUCUGGGCACUUGGAGAGUAUCGAAGCCGGGUAUUGGUACCUCACAAAUCAUCAUUCAAAAGAAAAUAA